UGAUGAAGGAGUGAGUCUGACUGGCUACGUUUGGAUGUGAGACGAACACACACACACACACACACACACUAGAGGCCGCACGAACGCACAGUCUUAUGAUCUCUGGCACGGACCCUGUAAGCGGCGUCAGGCGGCCCGACAAACAAGCACCGGGACCCGUGUGAGGGGAAGCAAAGCAUCAAUGCCUCCAGCUCCGUCUUCGCCUACCGGUCUGGAGCUGUUCUCGUCGUCGGGCCUCCUGCGCUGAGAUAAUGAAAGGAUGGCGGAGCGGCGACGCGGGGACCACCUAGCGCCGACGGAUGCUGCUGCAGCGCUUCGCCGCGACGAGCGGCCGGGUGGCGAACACGUCGCGAUGAAUUCGGCGGAGGAGCUGCCGCUGGAGGAGAUCCUGAGGCUUUACAACCAGCCCAUCAACGAGGAGCAGGCGUGGGCCGUGUGCUACCAGUGCUGCAGGAGGCUGGCGAGGGAUCACAGGAGCUGGAGGAGCGGCUCCUCGGCCGCUGCCGGAGCGUCAGCCGCGGCGGCUCCGACGACGAUCACUGGAGCCGCGGAUGUUCGGAUACAGAAGGAUGGAUCGGUGAGGGUGGAGUACCAGGGCUGUGAAGGUAAAUACAGACCAUGCACGACAACACAGGUGAUUGAGUCUCUGGGCAUCAUGAUCUACAAGGCUCUGGACUACGGGCUGAAGGAGAACGAGGAGCGAGAGCUCAGUCCUCCUCUGGAGCAGCUCAUCGACCUCAUGACCAACAUGGUGGAGGUUGAGAAGAACGCCUGCCCAGACGAGGGCUACGAGGCCACAGAGGAGGAGGACGAGGCCGAGGAUGAACCCGACAGCAUUGCCAGCGUCCACGGCUACAGAGACAUCCUUAAACUGUGCACAGCUCAUCUACCCAGUGUGUCGGACGCUCCGAGCCACUACCAGGCGGUGUGUCGGGCUCUCUACACAGAAACCAGGGAGCUGCACACCUUCCUGGAGAAGAUCAAGAGCGCCAAAGAGAACCUGCGUAAAAUGGAGGAAGAGUCGUCAGAGGAGCCUGGCCGAGAUCUGAAUGAGCUGCAGAACGCUGACUGGGCUCGGUUCUGGGUUCAGGUGAUGAGGGACCUGCGUGAGGGAGUCAAGCUGAAGAAGGUGCAGGAGCGUCAGUACAACCCUCUGCCCAUCGAGUACCAGCUCACACCUUAUGAGAUGCUCAUGGACGACAUCAGGUCCAAACGCUACAAACUGCGCAAAGUCAUGGUGAACGGGGACAUCCCUCCCAGGUUAAAGAAGAGCGCUCAUGAAGUCAUCCUGGAGUUCAUCAGGUCGCGGCCACCUCUCAACCCUGUGUCGGCUCGCAAGCUGAAGCCACAGACUCAGCCUCCGCCCACGCUGCACGAACGGAUCCUGGAGGAGAUCAAAGCAGAGAGGAAGCUGCGACCAGUGUCACCUGACGUGGUCCGCAGGGGACGGCUGGGUUUUGGCAAAACUCGCAGUAUGCCACAGGAUUUGUUCCGUACAGGAUUAGAUGAGUUCAGUCCACGCAUGGGCAGGAGGACGUCCAGCACCCUGUCUCUGAGCAACGGCUCAGCCGCUCCCAGGGCCGAACCCUCCGGGUCUCAGUCUGUGCCCCAGAGGAAGCGGCUCCUGAAGGCUCCCUGCCUGGCGGAGCUGGACAGCUCGGACUCCGACGAUGAGGUUGUUGGGCACAGAUCAGCCAGCAGCUCCAGCGUGGCUACGUCUCUGAUGGAUGACACGUCCCCAGAAUCUGCCGUGGGGAAGAAAACUCCCCCCAUGUUCCUGCCAAUCUCCUCUACACCUCAGCCAGAGAGGCGCAAGACCCCCCAGCGGAGACACUCUAUCGAGAAGGAGACCCCGACGAACGUCCGACAGUUUCAGCCGCCCUCCAAAAAGAGUUCAAAGUCUCUGGUUGACGUCUUAGCUUUAAUUUACUCCUGGAUCCCCUUCCACCCACCCCUCCACCCCUCUCCCACCCUUCUACACCCAUUGCUGACUUCCCACCCUGUCGAGGUGCUGGUUUUGGGGUUGAUGGAGUCAGUUUGUGUUCUGUGCAGAGGAAUGUACACCAGUGGGAGGCAGUCGGUCCAGGAGGAGUUCUGUUUCCCCGUGGAGUGUCUGUCUCUCACGGUGGAGGAGGUGAUGCACAUCAGACAGGUGCUUGUUAAGGCCGAGCUGGAGAAGUUCCAGCAGUACAAAGACAUCUACAAUGCCAUGAAGAAGGGAAAGCUUUGUUUCUGUUGCCGAACCAAGAGGUUUUCUUUUUUCACGUGGUCCUACAUCUGCCAGUUCUGCAAAAAACAAGUGUGUUCUCAGUGCUGCAAAAAGAUGCGGCUGCCGUCCAAACCUUAUUCCAGUUUGCCCAUUUACUCAAUUGGUUCGACCAAGACUCUGCCCAGGGAGAGGGUAAGUGCCAUGCUUGCUGUAGGACAAGGGCUGUCUGUGGAUGGCGAGCCAGGGCCUUCAGUGGUGGGAGGGGCCGCGGCGCCCCCCGCGGUGAAAGCGGCAACAACAGAAGCAUCUAAAGGAACUGGAAAAGCUUCAGCAGGGGCAACUGGUGCUAAAUCGGAUAAAUCGUCCAGCAGCCCACAGCGCCACGGCGUCCACAAGACCAUGUCCAAGUUUUCAAAGCACGGCUCCUUGAAGUCUCACGAGGAGCUGGAGCUUCCCCCGGAGCUGACGGAGGAUUGGGCCAGCAUGGAGGUGUGCGUGGACUGCAAGAAGUUCAUCUCCGACAUUAUCGCCUCCAGCAAGCACAGUCUGUCGCUGGCCAACAAGCGAGCUCGCUUAAAACGCAAGACCCAGUCCUUCUACCUGUCCUCCCCCAAAGGGAGGGAGGAGUACCGGCCCUCGGAACGAACAAUCAACGAGAUCUGACACCGCCUCCGGCUGCUUCCAGCUUCAGUGGCACAAGUCUGAAUUGUCUGGAUGUCAUGGUGCCGUACGUGUGUACCGUCAGAACGCGGGGCUGAGCCGGACCGCGAUGCUCGGCUGUUUGUUCUUUCGUGUGCAGAUAAAAAUCCUCCAGAUAACAGCAUAUUGUGUUUUUUUUAAUCAUACCAUUGAGCAUCCCUUAAACUCUGGCCUCAGACUUUUGACCAAGAAGACGAGGACAGGGCCUCAAAGUGGACAGAGCUUCCUCCUCUCUGAUGGCACAACAAUAGGGUCCACGUUCCACUCAAUAAGCACAAAAUAGAAGAAGGACAGGUUGUUUUCCUGCAGGAGACGCUUGGAGGCAGAGAAACCAUGUUGUAAUUCAUAAAGCAGGAGCGACACUCAAUGAAACAGGAACUUUUUGUAUGGGCUAAAUUUACUUUUUUACAUAUAUGUAUACAGUAAAUGAUUGUUUGAUAAUAAGUUGUCCAUGGUUUUCAUGUGUUGUUUUGCCAAGCUUCAACUACAAACAGCAACAAACUGUUGUUUCCUCAUAUGUGUUUCAUAUCACAUAGAGAAUACAUCAUUUAUGCAGAUUUAGUGCCAAAUAGGAACUUCUUCCUCAUGUUAGUGUCACCCAAAGGAAGAACCCAUCAGUGUCUGAACUCAAUUCACAACAAUUGAAAAUGAAACAUUUAAAUGGGAAUAUGUGAUAUGUGAUAUCAAAUCUGUCCUAUCUCCAGCGCUCAGGGGCAUUAAUUAGGUGAAUAAUUAAAGCUCAGCGCAUCUUCUUCACCAGUAUAGUUUGGUCGUUUGAUUGUCCAGUGAUUAAAUAUUUUUGAGUCCAACAAAUACUAAUAAAUCGGGUUCAGGCCGUCUAUAGUACACCCACUCCCAUUCUGUGAUAUCUUAUGCGCUAUACAGGGUUAUGUUAUACUGUAACAAUGUCUGUCUCAAGUGCAGUUUGAGUUUGAAAAUCUCCCUUAAAAGGUGACUUCACUGAGUUUUAGCUUGAAAUAUAUUUUUAGCUUCUUGUUGAAGAGCUCCCCUGGGAAAAUCCAACUACCUGCAUGUGGAGGUUGAAGUCUUGGUCAACACGUUCCUCCAGGACUUGUUCCCACUCUUUGAAAAGAUAUCAUCAGUUUGCUCCUUUAGCAAAAAACAAGGAAGACAGAGUUUAUUUUAUUACUGGUCAUAUGCAUGUACUCCUUUAAGUAAAAAGAAGAAGCUGUACAUCAGGGAAGUUUCACUUUAAGGACAGAAGACAUUACACGUAUACUCAACAGCUUCUCACAAAUCACACUUAAAGCAGACUGUAUACUGUAUAUGUGGAACGAGCAAAAUCUCUUUUCUUGUCAUUGGUUUAUUUUGGAUUCGUUCUUGUUCAGAUGUGGAUAAAACAGGAAUAGAAACAUCACCCACAGUAGCAUGUGGAAUGUUUUUAAUCAUUUACAUAAAACAUAUUCUUAUAGACAAGCAGAAAUACGGGUGGUCUGGACAGCUGUUUAAUUCUUUGUCACAAUCCCCAUCAUUCCUUUCUGCCUUAAAAAUGCCUUUUUAUUGUCACAAUCAUAUAUUGGACAGUCAACUACUGCUACUGUACAUACUUUGUUUGUAAUGGUGUGUGUAGAUAGCAUGUGUGCUGCACUGACGACACCCUGCACAGUGACAGAGCUGCAGGGCCGUGGGAGAGAAGCUCACAGUGGGACUGACGGCAUCGUGCAUGCAGUACAGUGUAGCUUGUACUUUCAGUCUGUUUUACCUUUGUGCUGUAACUCCCUGCAGAGAGUGCAACAAGUGUUGACUGCAACAAUAAACUAAUGCAAUAUCA